AUGGACGGCUCGCCCGAACGAGACCCUGAUCAUCCUCGCUUCAUCCAAACCGUUCAAAGACACCCUGAGGUUUCCCUGAGCGAUCCCACGCCGGUUCUUCCGGCAGCGAGUCCCUUCCGCACCCCGGAUCCGCCACGCACCCCGCUUCUUCCGCCUUUUCCGGGAAGAAUCGCCCGUUUCGCCGCGGCGGGUUCCCCGGGUCAGCUUCCCCGCGCGUAUUCCGGCAACACGAUCCCCGGCGCGGCGUCCAGCAGCAGCAGCAGCGGCGGCACCGGCAGCAGCGCGCAGAGCCGCCAGUCUGGGCUCCGUCUGACGCGGAGGCUGGAUCUGGCGGUCGCGGAGAGCGGAGUUGCUGGCGGAGGAGGCAACGGGCUCCGCGGAAAUAGUAGUACUACAAUAGGUAGCGGUGGCGGCGUCCGCGAGGAGCGCGGGCGCAAGCAGCGGUGGAUUCUACCGAGCGAAGACGAGGUAAAAGCCGCUGCUGCUGGCCACUUGGGCGGCCACGUGGCUGGCCAUUUUGGUGGCCACGUGGCAGGCCAAUCAGCUGGCCACGUGGCAGGUCACGCUGCUGCUUUUCCAAGGUUCUUUGGCGGCAGCAGCUUCGGCGCAGCAGGAGAAGGAGGUUCAGGCGGAGAAGGAUUUCCAGGAGGAUCAACCAAUCAUGCUGCUGAUCUAGACGUUCUUAGACACGGGAGUGACUUGCACUCUCAAUUAGCCCAUCUGCUCCAGCAAAACGCCGCUGCUGCCAUAGCUGCCGCUGCUGCCAACCCAAGUGCUGCUGCUGCUGCUGCUGCUACCACCGCCCUAGAAGGAAACGCCACCACGUUGCACGCAUUGGGAUUAGGAGGGAGUGUGGGCUUUAGGCAAGGAGGGGAGGGCGGGCAGAUAGGGGCGCGGCAGAUAGAGGGCGGGCGGAUAGAGGGCGGGGUGUCAGUGGGGGAGAUGGAACGAGGGUUGCUCUGGGAUAUGGGUGGAGGGAUGGACAGACGCAUGGGAGGGAUGGGAGGAGGGAUGGGAGGAUUGGGGAGAGGGAUGGGGGGAGGAUUGGGGAGAGUGAUGAGUGGGGGAAUAAUGGGGGGAUCAAAUGAGGGAAUGAAUAGGUUAGAAGGGAUGAGAGGCGGUUGGAUGGCAGGGCAGGGCACAGCACCACUGCCGUCAGUCAAUCCCACCGACUCCUUGAGUGCGUCCCUCUCUCUGAACGCCGCUACAGCCGCGGAUUUCCACCGUGCCGCCCCGGGAUUCUGCAUGGCCGGCCCGCUACAGCCGCUGGCAGGAGGCUCGCUGGGCGACAGUGGCAGUGGUGGCGGCCGUGGCGGGUUGCUGUAUGAAUGCAGAUUCUGCGGGAAGGGAUUUGCGCAGUCCCAGGCGCUUGGAGGGCAUAUGAACACUCACCGCCGAGGUUGGUUGGGGGUGGGGGAAAUAGGGGAGGAGAAAAGGGGGGUGGGGGGGGAGUGGGGGGGGGGGGAGGAGAGGGCGCGGGGGGAAAGGGGAGGGGAGGAGGGGGAAGAGGGGAAGGGGAAGUCAAGUUGUGGGAUGGGGGGAGAGGGAAAGGAAGGGAAGAAUGUGGUUGAAACGAGCGAGAAGCGGAGCAGAUGCUUCAGAGUCAGGGAAUCUUACCGCAGAGAGGUGCAAGGUGAGCAAGAAAACCUCUGCCGUUGCUGGUGCACUUCUGCUGCACUUCUGGUGCUCUUCUGGUGCACUUCUGGUGCACUUCUGGUGCUCUUCUGGUGCACUUCUGGUGCACUUCUGGUGCACUUCUGGUGCACUUCUGGUGCACUUCUGGUGCACUUCUGGUGCUCUUCUGGUGCUCUUCUGGCGCUCUUCUUGCGCUCUUCUGGCGCUCUUCUGGCGCUCUCCCAGGGAACUUCUAUGCUGCAACCAGGAGCAAUGGCGCAUGCAGGGUCGAUUAUAGCAUCCCUUUUAGCUCACCUAUCGUUUCCUAACUUCUUCCCCAACUUCCCUCCCUGCAGUGCUCGCCUGGGAGCAGGAGAGGCACAGCUGCUUCUGGCGCUCUCCCAGGGAACUCCCGUGCUGCAGCCAGGAGCAAUGGUCCAAGCUCAAGCAGCGGCCACUGUUGAACCCAACCCAGCAGCAGCAGCUGGUGCAAUGCAGACAGCAAUGCACGGUCCAGAACGUUCCUCACUUCUUCAAAACCCCUCGCUUCAAGCCCCCUCUCCUCAAGAUCCCUCCAUUGCCGCACUUCUCGCCCAUGCCCAGAACCAAGCAGCAGCCGGUAUAAUGCAGACAGCAACACAGGUUCAAGGUCCGUCCCAUCAAGCCCCCUCCUUCCAAGCCCCCUCCCUUCAUUGUCGCCCUCUUCAAGCCGGGCUUCAGGCACAGCAUGAACGGGAGGUGGUGUGGCAGCAGGAGCAGCAGGAGCGUCAGCAGCAGCAGCAGCAGCAGCAGCAGCAGCAGCAGCAGCAGCAGCAGCAGCAGCAGCAGCAGCAGCAGCAGCAGCAGCAGCAGCAGCAGCAGCAGCAGCAGCAGCAGCAGCAGCAGCAGCAGCAGCAGCAGCAGCAGCAGGAGGAGCAGCAGAAGAAGCAGCAGCAGCAGCAGCAGCAGCAGCAGCAGCAGCAGCAGCAGCAGCAGCAGCAGCAGCAGCAGCAGCAGCAGCAGCAGCAGCAGCAGCAGCAGCAGCAGCAGCAGCAGCAGCAGCAGCAGCAGCAGCAGCAGCAGCAGCAGCAGGAGCAGCAGCAGCAGCAGCAGGAGCAGCAGGGGCAGCAGCAACAGCAGCAGGAGCAGCAACAACAACAGCGUGAGCGGCAAGAGCAGCAGCAGCAGGCGGAGCAGGAGCAGCAGUGGGCACUCCAGCCUCACAUGGAGCGAUUGAUGGACCUGCAGCACGAACUGGCACCGACUGGACAGCAACAGCAACAGCAGCAGGAGCAGCAGCAGCAGAAGCAGCGCCUGGAGCAGCAGCAGCAGCAGCAGCAGCAGCAGCAGCAGCAGCAGCAGCAGCAGCAACAGCAGCAGCAGGAGCAGCAGCAGCAGCAGCGCGGCCAGGAUCGGGAACAAAAAGAGAACCAGGAGUAG